UAUGUCUUGACAGUUGGCCCCUUCCUGUCAUUUCUGCAUGUUGGACUGCUCAUCCUUAAAAGCUUGGCUUCCUUGUGUGUGUGUGCUUGAAGUGACUUUGAGGUUUUGUGGUCUGUUGACACCUCGAGGAGCAGAGAACCUUUUAGCUUCCUUUGGCUUAGUGGGUAGUCCAGGGCCCUUGUGCACACAGAGAUUGGACGUGCCUAAACACCCUGCUGCUGGAGAAGAGCCUGUGUGGAGCUCAGACCUCUAGCCCGGACUGUGCAACUGACACUGGAAACCUGGCUUUUCAAGUGACUGAAGAGAGAACUAUCAUUUAUACCAUAGAGAUAAAGCACCCGCUGAGGAAUCCUCAGAGUACUGAACCAGUCUUACUAUGCUAGCUGAAGGAAAUGGUGAACAGAUGUUUUGGUGGCACAUCGAUGCUUGACUCUGAUGAAAACAAGACAAUGUCGACUCAACAGAACUGCUCUUUUACAGAGAAAAAGUGUAGAGAUUGCAAAUAAAGCAGAGAGUGCUAUCUUCAUUUCAAAAGCAUAUAAAGUAUAUGCCGUGAAGACAGAUAAACUACAGAGUCAGCUUGUCAGUGCCUUGGAGGAGUUGUGAACAAACGUCUGGAAGCUUCUCCAGGUGUGCUGCUGUUUUUGUUUUUGCGGGCAAUGUUUGAAGAAUGGAUGGAUACAAUACCUCCAGGAAUUCCUCUUGUGAUCCUAUACUGGCAUACCAUUUAACCCCGCUUUACUUAAUCGUGCUCAUUGGAGGACUGGCAGGUGUCAUCUCCAUCCUGUUCUUACUGGUAAAAAUGAACUCACGUUCAGUGACCACCAUGGCAGUCAUUAACCUGGUGGUGGUUCAUGGGGUAUUCCUACUGACUGUGCCUUUCCGUUUGGCAUAUCUCAUCAAGGGGACUUGGACAUUCGGACUACCCUUCUGCAAAUUUGUGAGCGCCAUGUUACAUAUACACAUGUACCUCACCUUCCUCUUCUAUGUGGUGAUACUGGUCAUCAGGUACCUCAUCUUCUUUAAGCGUAAAGACAAAGUAGAAUUCUACAGAAAACUGCAUGCAGUUGCUGCUAGUACUGCCUUGUGGCUUUUGGUGAUCAUCAUUGUGGUGCCCCUGGUGGUUUCUCAGUAUGGCAAUAAUGAAGAAUACAACGAACAGCACUGCUUUAGGUUCCAUAAAGAACUUGCCCGUGAUUAUGUACAAGUUGUCAACUACAUGAUAGUCAUCAUUGUCAUAACCACUGCGAUGAUUCUCUUGGGUUUCCAGGUCUUCAUCACAUUGUCCAUGGUGCGAAAGUUUCGCCAUUCCUUACUAUCUCACCAGGAGUUCUGGGCUCAACUGAAAAAUCUCUUCUUUAUAGGCAUAAUCCUUAUUUGUUUUAUUCCCUACCAGUUCUUCAGGAUAUAUUACUUGUAUGUAGUGGCGCAUUCCAAGAACUGUAAAAACAAAGUAGCAUUUUACAAUGAAAUCUUCUUGAGCACAACAGCAAUCAGCUGCUAUGAUUUGCUGCUAUUUGUCUUUGGAGGAAGCCAUUGGGUUAAGCAAAAGAUUACCGACCUAUGGAAUUGUCUUUUAUGUCAUUAGCAAAGAUAACAGUAUUUUUCUCAUCCUGUCGGGAAUGACAAUAAGCAACAUGCUUGAUCAAAAUCUUGCCUUGGCCCAGCCAAAGAAAAUGAAUCAAAGUGUCCAAGGGUUCCACCCACUUCUCAUUUUAUCCACGUUGCUAGUGAAGAAUAUGCAAAGAUGACUUGUGGUGAACCUCCACGGAAUUGCAUCACUGCAUGAUUUUCCACCAUACAUGAUUUUCUGCUUGGCCCAUCCAGAAAACAUGUCUACUGGGUGCUGAGGUUUUGUUAGGGCCUGGGGACUUCCUGGGUUUGAAAUAUGGUUUUCCCCAUAGGCUUUGAGCUACAGUUAGCUACAGUUUGUCACCUGCUGAAGACUAAUCCUGGUUAUCAAACAUCUCCAAAGAGGCAAACUCUGUUUGGUUUACUUGACUACUUGGCAAAGGUAAACACACACACACCCUGAGAAGAAACCAGGAAAGCAGAGGAGCAAGAGACUUUUCUGUAUCAUCCUAAUGUUGGAAGAAACAGCAUGACUUCUGCUCUAACAAGCUUUUCUGGCCUUGUUCUUUUAAAGGUUGUGUUUAAGGACAUGGGGAUUUGACAGCACACUAUCAUCAAUCACAUGCUUUCCUCUGAAAAUUCUUUGUAACCUUCCUAAGGUGCAAAAUUAAUGGUGAAAGUCUAACUUAGAGAAUGUUUCUGGCACAUGUUCUGCAAUACAGGACAAUUACUUUUUUUUCUCUUCUUUUUUUUGAAAGGAUUUUUAUAUGUCUUGGGUUGGGCCACAGUUAAUGGAUGUUUCCGCAUUUGAAGACAAGAAGUUGUAGUGAAGUCUUUAAGCUGUACACCACUCUUAAAGUCAUAUGUUUUUAAGUAAUCAAAAAACAAUACUUUUGGCAGAAAGAAGUUAUGGAAUAAUCCUUAAUUUAGAAUAUAUGAGAUUUUGAUGUAUUAAGAGAGUUUUAGAGAACAUUUGAAAAUAAAUGAAUAAAUAGGCUGAGAAGUAAUAUAACUCCAUUCUUUAAAAUAUUAAACUACAUGGAUCUCUUUUGCCAAAUUCUUAGUAACAUUUUGCAAUGUGGUUCAUAACCUGUGGCAUAUGGCAUAUUAAACUGCAUUAAACUUUUAUUUCAAAAAUGAUUCAUAAUUAGGUUCAUAGGUUUAUGGUUUGUACUUAACUGUUUUUUUGUUUGUUUGUUUGUUUUGCUUAUUCCUCUUAUUUAUGCUUCUGUCUUCUUCAGUUUCAUGAUAUUAAAACUUUGCAGGAAACUGAGCCAGGUCCAAAUUUGAGGCUUCAUAAAAACUGAGGUCAUUAGUGGUGUGAGUAAAACAGGUGGUGAAGAGAGUUCUUCCUGGGACAUCCUUACAUCUUAAAGGCUUUUCAUUAGUUGAUGCUCUUUCAUGGAUCCCAUCUCCAUCUGAGGGAUAAGAAGUGCCCUUUGAGCCUCUGGUUUCAGUGAAAUGACUAAGGCAUAGCAACUAAUCCCAAGAGAAAAAAAAAUGUAGCACAUACUGUGCAAACAUGACUGUUUCUAACUUUUUCCCUUUAAAAUUUCCUAUCUCUUCUUUCCAAUCUGUUUUUUUUUAAAAAACAUUUCUUUCAUUUAUUACUAGUUUUCUGUUUUUAUUCAUUUUCUAAGUUUUUUCCACACUUUAAUUCAUAAGGUUUGCAAGAAUAUUACUAAUACCUAUAAACAUUUAAAUGUUUAAUACCUACAAAAUGUGUAAGAAAGUAAAGACAAAAUGAAAUGUUUAAAAUAAACUUUUACCUGAAGGUUUCCUUGAAGGCUUUUUUUUCCUUAUGGUGACUGUAAUUGUAGACUGUGCAUCCUACUUUUAUAGACUGGAUUAUAGUUUCCAGAUUUCAGACAUGCUAAUGCAAAGCAGUUAUGUAUUUUUCAAUAUUAUAAUAAAAGGCCUAUCUCUUUCUAUGUGUGUUAUCUAGAAUAUAGAUAUGCAACAUUCUGUAAUUUAUAAUACUGUAUUAAUGAGGUU